CCAGAUCUCGCGAGACUGCGGAGGCGGCAGGAGCGUACGGCGCGCGGGGGCCGCGACGGACGCAAGAUGGCGACCGCGACCAUCGCGCUCCAGGUGAAUGGCCAGCAAGGAGGGGGGUCUGAGCCAGCGGCGACGGCGGCGGCAGCAGCAGCAGCGACAGUGGUGGCAGCAGGAGACAAAUGGAAGCCUCCACAGGGCCCGGAGACUGUCAAGAUGGAGAACGGGCAGAAUACAGCCGCCAAGCUGGGGCUGCCUCCCCUGACGCCCGAGCAGCAGGAGGCCCUCCAGAAGGCCAAGAAGUACGCCAUGGAGCAGAGCAUCAAGAGUGUGCUGGUGAAACAGACCAUCGCCCACCAGCAGCAGCAGCUCACCAACCUGCAGAUGGCAGCAGUGACAAUGGGCUUUGGAGAUCCUCUCUCACCUUUGCAGUCGAUGGCAGCUCAGCGACAGCGGGCACUGGCCAUCAUGUGUCGGGUCUACGUGGGCUCCAUCUACUAUGAGCUGGGGGAGGACACGAUCCGCCAGGCCUUCGCCCCGUUUGGCCCCAUCAAGAGCAUCGACAUGUCCUGGGACUCGGUCACCAUGAAGCACAAGGGUUUUGCCUUUGUGGAAUACGAGGUCCCAGAAGCUGCGCAGCUGGCCUUGGAGCAGAUGAACUCGGUGAUGCUAGGGGGCAGGAACAUCAAGGUGGGCAGACCCAGCAACAUUGGGCAGGCCCAGCCCAUCAUAGACCAGCUGGCUGAGGAGGCUCGGGCCUUCAACCGCAUCUACGUGGCCUCUGUGCACCAGGACCUGUCGGAUGACGACAUCAAGAGUGUGUUUGAGGCCUUCGGCAAGAUCAAAUCUUGCACCCUGGCCCGGGACCCCACGACUGGCAAGCACAAGGGUUACGGCUUCAUCGAGUAUGAGAAGGCACAGUCGUCCCAGGACGCCGUGUCCUCCAUGAACCUCUUCGACCUGGGGGGCCAGUACCUGCGUGUGGGCAAGGCUGUCACACCCCCCAUGCCCCUGCUGACACCUGCCACGCCAGGAGGCCUCCCGCCAGCAGCUGCUGUGGCCGCAGCUGCAGCCACUGCCAAGAUCACAGCUCAGGAAGCCGUGGCGGGAGCAGCCGUCCUGGGCACCUUGGCUACACCUGGACUGGUGUCCCCAGCCCUCACCCUGGCACAGCCCCUGGGAGCCUUGCCCCAGGCGGUCAUGGCUGCCCAGGCCCCUGGGGUCAUCACAGGUGUGACCCCAGCCCGUCCCCCCAUUCCUGUCACCAUCCCCUCGGUGGGGGUGGUGAACCCCAUCCUGGCCAGCCCACCCACGCUGGGGCUCCUGGAGCCCAAGAAGGAGAAGGAGGAGGAGGAGCUGUUCCCUGAGUCAGAGCGGCCCGAGAUGCUGAGCGAGCAGGAGCACAUGAGCAUCUCCGGCAGCAGUGCGCGCCACAUGGUCAUGCAGAAGCUGCUGCGCAAGCAGGAGUCCACAGUGAUGGUCCUGCGCAACAUGGUGGACCCCAAGGACAUAGACGAUGACCUGGAGGGGGAGGUGACAGAGGAGUGCGGCAAGUUCGGCGCCGUGAACCGGGUCAUCAUCUACCAGGAGAAGCAGGGCGAGGAGGAGGACGCCGAGAUCAUUGUCAAGAUCUUCGUGGAGUUCUCGGUGGCCUCAGAGACUCACAAGGCCAUCCAGGCCCUCAACGGCCGCUGGUUCGCCGGCCGCAAGGUGGUGGCCGAGGUCUACGACCAGGAGCGCUUCGACAACAGCGACCUCUCUGCGUGACCUCGGCCCCUUCCCUGGACUCGUGUUUGUCCUGUCUGCUUUUACAUAGUGAGGACAGUCGCGCCUCUGCCCGGCGCACUGCCCGGCCUGUCUGUAGUGUGGAUAAAGGUGCAGGAGCCACCAA